UGCAUCUCAACUUUGUUUGUCUCCGAUGGAACCCACCAUGAAUCCAGCUCCAACUCCAACUCCAACUCCAACUCCAAGCUCCGCCUGCAACAGUGUCUGUACCGAUGAAUUGACCAACCUGCCUCCGGACUCGCCACUCCGCAGCGAGAAGGACGAUGGCGUUGACUUCAGCCACGAACAAGGAUCGGACUCAAAUGAAACUAUUGACACUGAGAAUGGUUCAAGAUCCAUAGACAAGAACCAAUACUCUGAAACUGAAGAUGUAGCUAGAGCAAAAGAUUUACAAACAGAACCUGAUUCACUGGAUGAUGAUGUGGAGACUGUGAUCAAGAACCAACAUAAGUAUUACAUAUAUUGUCCUUGUUGUGGUGAAGAUAUCACCAAAACAGUCAAGCUCGUGAAGAUGUCAGAUCCCCAACCCACAAAAGACCAUGACACUGAGAAUAGAGCUAAUGACAGUGACAUUGAAAAUAGUUCAAGAUCCAAAGGCAAGAAGACAAAGGUUCCAUCAUGGUUCCCUGAUUUUUUUCAGCCGCUGGUUUGUUCUGUUUAUGGUCCUAACAAAGACCAAGGCGAGAAAGUGGUUGAUUCAAAGUUACCAGAAACUUACGAUGAUCUUGAUAUCAAUGGUGAAGAACCAAGCAUUGAUGUCAGUAAUGAGAAAGGCGGACUGAGUUUUCCGAAGUGGUACCUCGAUGCUUUUGCUUGGUUGUUCCUCUGUAUUAUUAUUGCUCUUUCUGUCCUUUCGACUUCUCCACCGCCUUUCAUUCAACCGCAUCUGCAAUUGCCUUCUAUGCCUUCAUUGCGGCUGCCUUCCGCUUCUAUACUUUUGUUACUUCCCACGUUUGCGGUGUUGCUUCUCUUCAUUAUUUCAAUGAGGUCCCGUUUCAGUCCAAGAUAUCAUGAGGAGAAAGGCGAGAAAAGGGUCGAUUCCAAGUCUACUAAUACCACUAGUGAAGAACCAGCAAAAACUCAAAAUAACGAUGACCAAGAUGCAAAUCCUGAUCAAGAUUUUGACAAGAAAACAGACAACCAAAAAAAUCACCUAACUCCGAUAUAUCCAUCAACACUGGAGCAACCUUCCAAGCAAAUUAUCAAUAAGGAAACUAAAGCAGAACCUGUGUUGCCACCUAAUGCUCAACCAGAGAUCCCAAAUAGUGUUGAACCACGUAAAGACGGUAAUAAACUGGAAAUCUUGAAAAGUAUUGUGUAUGGAGGUCUUACAGAAUCCAUCACAAGCCUUUGCACCGUAACAUCAGCGGCAGCGACUGGUGCUUCAACUCUGAACGUUUUAGCCUUGGGAGUUGCCAAUUUGUCAAGCGGUCUUCUUCUGACCGUUCACAGUCUCCAAGAACUAAUAAACGAGAAACCCAGAAGACAAACAAACACUGAUGAUUCUCCAGAAGAAGAAGAUCGGUACGAGGAAGUCCUCGGGAGAAGAGAGUAUUCGAGGCUUCACAGAGUGAUCGCAAUCUCUUCUUUCGUCAUCUUCGGCUUGAUCCCACCUCUUGUAUACGGUUUCUCGUUUCGAAGAAAGAUCGAGAAGAGACAAGAGUACAAGGUUUUAGCUGUUUACGCAGUGUCUCUACUCUGCAUCGUCUUGCUUUCGAUUGCGAAAGCUUACGUGUCGAAGAAACGGGAUUAUGUCAAGACUCUGUUUCGGUACACGACGAUGGCGACGACGGCGUCGGGAUUCUCUCAAUUUGUGGGAUACUUGGUGAGUCAAUGGCUUGAGAAGAGCGGGUUUUAUGAUGAUUCUCCAGAAACUCAACGAGUUUGAAACUUGUUCUUGUUCGUCUUCACUUCCGCUCUUCUUUUCUUACUCUUUUCGUGGCCCACAAUUUGUUUUCCUUAAAAAGUGAAAUAAUUGUUUGAUUUAGACCCCCAGAAAGAAAAAAUUGAUGUUUAU